AUGCCUGUACUUGACGGCUUCUCUGAUAAUCCCUUGCAAACGCGCGAGGAUGUCGUCCGGGCAAGUAAGGCACUUCUGAGGCCACUGCUCAAGUAUUUCUCGACAGGCUCAGCUAGAGUGCGGCUCCCCGUUGCAUCUGGAACACACUUCGAUGAAACGGCCGCUCAGUUGGAAGGCUAUGCAAGGCCAUUAUGGGUAGUUGGUGCGUUGUUGAUGGCAGGCGAUGCCGACUGGGACCUGAUACAGCCAUGGUUCAAUGGUCUUGCAACAGGCUCCGAUCCAGACCAUCCUGAUUACUGGGGUGCCAUCAAAGAUUAUGAUCAGCGUAUGGUCGAAGCUGAAAUGAUCUCCUUCACCCUACUUGCCGCACCCCGAGCAGUACUUUGGGACAAGCUUGAGCCGCAAACGCAGAACAAUCUGAUCAGGUGGCUCCAGGAUAUAAAUAAUAGGGAGAUACAUAAAGCGAACUGGCUCUGGUUUCGUGUCUUUGCAAAUUUGGCUCUCAUCCGUGUGGCUGAUACGAAACUCAAUGAGAUCCGGCCUCAAAUGGAAAAUGACUUGUCACAGCUGGACACCUUCUACCUUGGCCAUGGUUGGUCAGGAGAUGGAGAUUGGAGAAGUGUAGAUCAAGAUGAAGAGGAAUGGAGGACCUACAGCACGACCGGUCUUGCACAUACUGGUUCAAGUGGACGGAGAGCUGACUUUUACUCGGGUAGUUUUGCUAUUCAAUUCAGCCAGCUCCUUUAUGUACGCUUUGCUCGAGAUUUGGAUCCAACUCGAACUGAAAAAUAUUGCCAACAAGCACGGCAAUUUGGUGCUGGGUUCUGGCGAUUUUUUGACGCAGAAGGUGCGGUCAUACCAUUCGGUAGAUCGCUGACGUACCGUUUUGCUUGCGCUGGCUAUUUUGCUGCGCUGGCUUUUGCCGAUGUUCCCAACAUGCCGGAACCAUUAGCGAGCCAUGGAGCUGUCAAAGGCUUUCUACUCCGGCAUCUGCGAUGGUGGGCGAGGCACUCUGAAGACAUAUUUUAUCCCGACGGGACUAUGAAUCUGGGCUGGCUCUAUCCAAACAUGUACAUGACCGAAGAUUAUAACUCACCACAGUCAGUCUAUUGGGCUCUAAAAGCCUUGAUCGUAGUCGGCUUACCAGCGAAUCAUCUAUUCUGGACUCAGCCAGAGCUCCCUUAUCCAGAAAUCACACGCCAAACAGCGGUUGAACUCCUUCGAGCACCCAGACAAAUCCUUUGCAAUCAAUCCAGUGGAGGCCAUCACUUCAUGCUCUCAAGCACACAAUUCUUGGGCUUCCAUUUUAAGGGAGGAGUAGCAAAAUACUGUAAAUUUGCAUAUUCGUCAGCGUUUGGCUUCUCCGUCCCAACCGGAAAUUCUUCAGUGGCUCAAAUCGCACCGGACAACAUGUUACUGAUAAGUCGAGAUGGCACAGAGACAUGGGCAACAAAAUACAAAUGUGGUGAAACAGUCUUUGGUAGUGUCAUGUGCGAGGGUCUAGGAAAUCACAAGGUUGUCACUGCUGAAGUGACAUGGCACCCCUGGGUCGAUCGGUCUGUGAUUGUGAAAACGACACUGGUGCCUCCAAGCGAGGAAUGGCCAGACUGGCAUGUUCGCGUCCACCGGAUCAAGACCACGGAGGCAGGCAAAUUGCUCUUGACUGCAGAAGGGGGCUUCGCCAUUUCUGGUCGUCGGAGAAAAGAUGGCGCUGAUCUGCCAUUGCUUGACCAUGAAGCAUUGGAUGAAAAGGCAACAAUUGGACACGUCGAGGGCAUAAUCCACGAAAAAGAUUCGAUCCUUGUUUUGUCCCAUGCAGGAGCCUCUGGAAUCAGCACAGAAGUUUUGUUGCCAGAGCAAGGGGCCACGUCUGUGGCGAUUCUCAAGCCUGAGGCAAACACCAACCUCAUCACACAACGAACCGUCAUACCGAUUGUUGAGCACGCACUGAAGGGGACGAAGGCGGGCAAUGAUUUCUUCCUGAUUACCAAGAUAUUUGCGAUUCCCACCCCAGGUAGUGCUCGGCCCAUUGGCGGCCAGAAAUCCCUUGCAAGUCGAUGGCUUCAGCGUCCAGACGUCAUCAUUGAGAAAACCACGAAAACCAAAGACAACUACCAAUUUUGCCUCAAAUCAAGGAAGCUGCAUAUUUGA